AUGAUCAAAAGCAUCGAUAAAUCUGGCGAAGAUCCAGUGGCUUCAGCGUUAAAACCUUAUGGAGCACCAGAUGAUGAUGACGGGUCCUCAUCUUCCAAUACAGAUGUUUUCCAAAAAUUCUUCGGAAACUUUACGAAAAUCAAUGUUCAGAAUUCCGAUCCCACCGCAGAUGAUGUGUCUCUUAUAGACCAUUUUUUAAAUGUAGAACAUAGUUAUAAUAAUGAUACUCAAAGAUUGACAAUGGAUGAUAAUGUCAUGCCAGAAACAAAAGAUGAUUCGAAUGAAACUUUAAGUGAAAAUGAAAAUGUUACUAUUACAAGACCAAGUGUUCACGAAGACGUUGUGACAAAAUUCCUAAGAUUAAUAGAAACUCAACACUUGUUAGGCGAAAACUGUACAGCCGGUACCCAUCUUAAUUUAGGUGUGGGCGUUGUAGAUAGGUACGCCCAAGAAAGAUUUCGAAUAGAAGCCGACGUAGCAGUAAACAGAGCAAAUAUGCUUACGAGAUUGUGGAAAUACGCAGGGCCUUCAGUUAUGCAUAAUGAAUAUUUAUUACAUGCAAGUGUAUUCUCUAUGGUGGAGUUUGAUGACGAUAUAUUCGCUGCGGGGAAUUGCUAUGACCAGUAUCAGUAUAAGGAUUACCAGCUUUUUUGCCCGUUUGCGUACAGAUUGCCAGAAGGACCAAUAUUGGCAAAGGAUUUAGCGGUGGAAUACAAAUAUUUGAGCAACACUUCCGAGUGGUUCUACAUAGCUCGCAAGAACGCUGAGCGUGUUAUCCGAAAUCACAAUCAAUUUAGACGAGGAUACAACACAUACACAUACAAUGAUACUGCGCACACGCAACGUGAACCAGACGAGAUCUUGUCCGUCGUAUACGAGGACGGGAAGUGGUCGAAGCCCUAUUACGACUGCGGCGGCGGCAACAUCUGGAUGUUGACAUACACCGUCCCCUUUUUCGGUUACAGUAACGGCACAUAUUUCUUUAAGCCGACAAUAACAGAGAUUGGACCGGAGAUAUCUCGGGAAAUGGAUUACUCGCCCCCCGAUACUAUUGUUGCGUUAGCUACCGUUCACUUGAUAUUGGCAUCGACCUUAGAUAGAUGGAAUGGCUUAGUGUUUCACUGUUAG